AUGGCAACAAAGUUCAGUGUUAAAUUGAAGAUAUACGAUUUGUCUAGGGGAAUGGUCAAAACCUGGUCUCCUCUUUUAAUUGGCAAACAAAUUGACGGGGUGUGGCAUACAGCCGUCUUGGUUUAUAAUAUGGAAUAUUUUUACGGGGGAGGUAUUCUAUGCUUGGAAGAACACGAAUUUGAAACGUUUUAUAAUAUAAAACCAGUAGGUAUUAUAGAUAUGGGUACUACCGAAUUAUUACAAUCACAUUUUCAUGAAUAUUUAAAUGGUAUUCAAAAGAAUUUCACUGUAGAUAAAUAUAAUAUUGUCAACUGGAAUUGCAAUAAUUUUACAAAUGAAGUUUGUAAUUUUCUUGUUGGUAAAAAUAUUCCACAAUAUAUUUUAAAUACUCCAUAUGAAGUUAUGUCCACAAGUAAAGGGAAACUUAUUCUUGAUAUGAUGCAAUCUUAUCAAAGCUCUAUUGCUCCAGGUUUUGAUAAUAAUCAAAAUAAUUCAACUAGCCAAAAUAAUCAAUUUAGUCAAAAUAACACAACUAGCCAAAAUAAUCAAUCAAUUCAAAAUAAUAUGGCUAGCCAAGAUAAUACAUUAAUAUCAAAUAAUAUAUCAUGUAAAACAUCUGAAUUAUGGGAAAAUACAUCAACAAUAGAUAGAAAUAUGAAUAAUAUAAAAAAUAUAUUAACUAGUCAAAAUGAUAUAAUAUCAUCAGAUCAAAAUUGUAAUAUUAUUGAUAAUAAUAAAAAUAUUGGAAAGGGAGGAGAUGAUUCAUCCAAAUUACCAAGUGUCUCUUUAGAAAAUUUCUUUAAAGAUUGUGAGAUAGAAAAAGUAUUAAAUGAUUAUAUGAAAGAUGAGAAAUAUAGUGUAGAUGAAAAAAAACAAUUUUUCAAUUUUUUAAAAACAUUUUAUGAUAAUAUAUUACAAAAUGAAGAUUUAUUAAAGAACCGAGUUAUUUAUAAAAAAAAUCAUCCAAUCUUUUUUAAUAAUAUGGAUACUAUGAAUAAUGACUAUGAUAAUAUAUUAUCAUCUUUAUCAUUUUGUAAUGGGUUUUCUGAAAAUAAUGAGGCGAAUAAUUCACAACAUUUGACAAUUUACAUAGAUAUGAAAAAAAUUAAAACAACUACCUUUCAAGAACAUUUAAAUGUUGUAAUAAAUAAAGAAAUAUUUUUAAAAAAUAAAGAUCCAUGUAUAUAUAAAAAUGAAGUUUUAUAUUUGAAAGAUAUAUCUGAAUAUAAUCUUAAUAGUAAUGACAAAGCCAAAAAUAAUUCUCAAAACAAUAUUUUUGUUUUUUUAUCACACAUGUUUUUAAAAAAUAAUGUAGAUAUGAAUAAUACAAAAAAUGAUAUUUCAUCUUUUCAAGGUUUGCAUAAUAUAAUUAAAGCAGGUGCUCAAGAGGAAAAACAAUAUAUUCUAAGACUAAACAAAAUUAUAAAUGAUCACAUACAAGCAUUAACAUGA